CUUUCUUUUCAUUGGAGAAUUGUUUCUCGAAAGCCGUGGUCUAAUUGAUUUGAAUACCAAAGUAAAAAAGUGUUACUAAACAAUUUUAAGUGACGUCACUAACGUCCCAUUAUUUACGCAUUAAACUGACGUGUUCAUUGCAGAUGUCUGGCAAUGGUCACGUCAUUGCAGCGUCGUAGGUGUGCAGUUGUUAGGUUUUACACUUCCCUCUUCUAUUUCGACAAGAACACUCGUGUUGAUAUUGCUUGACGAUAUUCACUUGUAUCUCGUUUAAACGCUAACUCAUUUGUUUUCACAUUCCAACUUCAGAAACAAGUUCAAGAAGGAAGUAUCGUCAUGUGUUCUUUGGUGAAAAACAUACAAUCAAGAGUAGAAGAUCAGAAAGAUCAAUUAUCGAUUUCGUGGAAAAUUCUCUUCGUAAAUAUGAAAAUUUUAGGUUUAAACAUUCAAAACAAAAAUGUAUCUAUUCAUAGUAUCGUAGUAUCAAUUAUACAAAAAAUCUAUAUUAUUUGGCGUUUCUAUAUAAUAAUUUCUAAUUUUAAGAAUAACUAUUCAGAGAAGAUAUUAUUGAAUUUAUCAAUUACAACGUUAUAUAUAUCUACGUUAGUAAUUGCUAUCGAUUUAUUUAUUAUUUACAAAAGGUACCUUAUUUGCAGUAUGAAAGAAUUGUUUGCUUUAAGUAAUUCAAAACAGUUAAAUGUCAAAAGCAUAAUAAUGUUAAUAGCUCUCAUCUGGAUUCAUGCUAUAGUUUAUAUAUGCUACCAUUACUUUGUUGUUUUACCAAAAAACAAAAGAAUAAUUGAUGUAUAUAAUGUAAGAACAUUUUUCGGAAUUGCAAUUACAGAAAAUAUUUCGAUAUUACUUGUAGUGAUCAUAAAAAUGAUUUUUGUAUUGUUUAUAACAAUCCCACAUUAUUUCUGUUUUGUACUAUUCAUUUUAAUCUGCAAAGAAUUGGAAACGGAAUUUGUCGAAUUAUUGCGUAAAAUAGAGAAAUACACGCCUGAAGACUUCUGUAGAGAAAUCUCUCACAUGCCCAAAGAAUAUACGAAGAUCAAGUCAGUUGCGGACAAUUUUCAAGAAUUUUAUUCCAAGAUAUUAUUAAUUUGGACAAUUUACUCAGGAGGAAAUAUUGUUUGUAAUUGCAGCUGGUUCUUUUCCAAAUUAACUACUUUAGAAAUAAAUUAUAUUUCUGGGAUUUUCGCUUUGAACGCACUUCCGUUCUUUUUAUUUAUGUUUGUUUGUAACGCUGCAGCUCGUGUAUCUAUUGCUGCAAAAAAAAUAUCGACGGUUGUCUACACAAAGUCAGUUUUUUGUAAUGCUUUCGUGCAAGAUUGUGCAUACAAAUUUUCCAUGAAAUGUCUUCAAGAUACUUUUCAGUUCACGGGAUGGAACAUAUUUCUUGUCGAUCGUGCUUUGGUGUUCACAAUUAUCGGGAUAGCAAUAUCCUACACUGUCAUAAUAACCCAGUAUCCAUAAUAAUUAUUAAGUAUAAAUCUUAUAGAUAGAUAUUUCUUUCA